AUGACAAUCCCUCCAGGGUUGAUGCAAACCUUGCCAUCGGGGGGGCAUCGAUUCCAAGGGUUGGUGUCCACCGAUUCCUGGGAGUCCUGUUGGAUUGUGGCCUCAGCGGUGGUCAGCAUCUCAAGUAUUUGGUCGACAAGGGUAGGGGGAUCGCUGACAUUGUGGCAGUGCUGUCCAGUGUCACUUGGGGCUCUCACCCCCCGUUUACUCCUCACCAUAUAUCGGGCUGCUUUCCGCAGUGCUGUGGAAUACGGAAGUCAAUUCUUCGUCUGGCGUCCUACUAAUGCAGAAUUUGUCAGGCUCCAACGCCUCCAGUACAGGAUCAUAAGGAGAGCCAUGGGAUAUCGCAUCUCAACACCGAUCAACGUCAUGUUGGCCGAAGCCAAGGAACACAAUUUUUCCAAUCGACUUAAAUACAUUACAUCUAAAUUUAUUUACAAGACUAUGGCCAGCAAAUUCAGCCCUGUCUACAGCUCCUUGGAGGAAAUGGAGGUUGUAGCCGUGCGGAAGAAUCGUAAAGCCGAGGCCAUCAAGGCCUCCAGGCUCUUCAGACAUUAUGUUCUAACUCGACAUGAGGAAAAGAUUGUUUACAGAUCCACUUAUCCUCCAGCCUUCUGGCAUACAUACGAGGUCUCGUCCACAGGAAUAGCAUUCAUCCAACGAAUGCGAGGCUGUGAUAAGAACAACACGAACCUGAUAAAAGCGGAUUUUUAUCACAAAUCUUUCUCGUACAGGCAGGGGGCAGUCUCCUUCUACACGGAUGGAUCGAAAAGUUUGGACGAAGCUGUUGGCGCCGCCGUCUACUCACCGGAAAUGGAGGGUACCAUCGAACACAGAUUACCGCUCGAAACAUCGGUCUUUACGGCGGAACUUUGGGCUAUUUACCAGGCUGUGCUGGCUGCUGGAGAUCUCCAGUUAACCAAGUGUGUCAUCUUCUCUGACUCUGAGAGUGCUCUGGAGGCACUUAGCAACUUCAACAGCAUACUCCAACGGAACUAUUUAAUUUACUUCAUCAAACAGGCAUACAUUGACGUCACCAAACGCGGGACUGAAAUCACUCUAUUCUGGGUUCCUGCUCACUGCGGCAUCCCAGGUAACGAAAUCGCAGAUCAGUGCGCCAAACGUGCGGCGCUUGGAGCUUGCCGACCACAUUUUCAGGUGCCUCAUGUGGACCUUCAGAUUCUGUCAAGGAUGGCUGCGGUCAGGCGCCAAGAGGAUUACAUAAAGCGAAUCUCGGUUUGCGCUGGCAAGCGCACGCGUUAUUACGAACUUUAUCAUACGCCGUCUAUGAGGACCUGGUUCCACGAGGAAACUUUAUCUAGGAAUGAAAUUGUUCUAAUAAAUAGACUCAGAGCUAAUCAUGUGAACACUCAAGAAAGUCUUCAUAGAAUUGGUAUUGUGAAUUCAUCGGCCUGUCCGUGCGGCGAUUCUCGACAAACCGUCAAUCAUCUUAUUUUUCACUUUAUUUCAUAA